AUGGCCAAGCUCGCUGCCCUCACUCUGCUUGCGUUGCUCGGUACCGUGUCGUGCCAAGGUCUCAGUGUCGACCACUACAGCAAUUCCUGCCCAAAUGCGGAAGCAAUUGUCAGGGAAGCAGUGAAGAAGGCCAUCGACAGCAACCGCGGAACUGGCGCAGGGCUCAUCCGUCUCUUCUUCCAUGACUGCUUCGUCCGGGGGUGCGACGCUUCGGUACUCCUCAACACGACCGGCUCCGACGAAGCGACGGAGCGGCUCGGCAGGCCGAACCUGACCCUCCGCGGCUUCGAGGUCAUCGACGCGGCGAAGUCUGCCCUGGAGGAGUCCUGCCCGGGCGUCGUCUCGUGCUCCGACAUCCUCGCCUUCGCCGGCCGCGACGCCACAUACUUCCUCACCAACCUUACAGCAGACUUUUCCAUGCCGGCCGGCCGAUACGACGGUCGAAUCUCCCUGGCCAACGAGACCGUCCCUAACCUGCCCGCACCUUUCUACGGAGUCCAGCAGCUCAACGACAGCUUCGCCGCCAAGGGGCUCAGCCUCGAGGACAUGGUCACCCUCUCCGGCGCGCACUCCGUCGGGCGCUCCAGCUGCUCCUCCUUCUCCGACCGCCUAACGUCCAACUCCUCCGACAUGGACCCCGGGUACGCGGCGUACCUGCGCAAGCAGUGCAGCGGGUAUGGCGGCAUGGUGGCGCAGGACUACAAGACGCCCGAUGAUCUUGACCGGGAGUACUACAGGGACGUUAUCAGCCAUGACGUGUUGCUCGGCUCCGACGCGGCGCUUAUGUCCUCGAACGAGACGGCCAAGAUGGUGAUGGAUAAUGCGUCUGUUCUUGGGUUGUGGGAGAGCAAGUUCGUGGCGGCGAUGGUGAAGAUGGGCGGCGUUGGGGUGAAGACCAGCGCCGACGGCGAGAUUCGGAAGAAGUGCUGGAUUAUCAACUAGUGCGGAGACUAAUUAGGUCGUUGAUCUUUGUCGUGAGCCGAUCUUAUGAAUUGGUUGGUGCCACAUUUCGGCACAUGCAUGCUGUAUUGCCGUUCGCACGGAGGUGGUGUUACUUUUUGUUACGUUUCCAGUGCAUGUAGCUAAGAUAGGUUCACAGUGUUGGAUUUAGUAAUUACUUUAUUUUUUUUGGCGUAUGUGUAAUUGUAUAUAUAGAAACUUCGAAUA